AAUUAUUUUUUGGCGGGACUAAAAUUUAAAGGUUAUCUCUGUCUCUUAUUCUAACCCCAAUGUAGCUUUGUUCUUUGCUCUACUAUAUAAUAACAAUAAUAAAUGUAAACAGGCUGAUAAUAAGUGAACAUCGUCAAGAUUAUUUGAUUCUUUUUAAGUACCAUCAUGACUACAACUGUUUUUGACUGCAAUAUCAAAAAUGUAAGAAACCCUUUACAAUCUUUAUUGAAAGUUCUGAAUGUAGAAAGCGAAGAUUACACAAAAACAGAAACGGAAAUAUGUGGCCAACUCUACGAAAGUACUGCUGCUUUAGAAGAAAUUGAUGUCAUCAUAAGGAUUGUUCGAAAAAAUUGGUGUUAUCUACAAAAUUCAGUUCUAAAUGGAACAGCAAUCCCCCCACGUGAGUUAGCAGAUACACGAUUGAUAAUAAACAAGUGUUUUAACUUAAUUGUUUUGUCUUUGCAACGUUGUGAAAGUGACAGGCUUAAACAGAAGUAUGUAGCGUUUUUUCAAAAUGAAAUCAAAACAUUACUUCCAUUAAUUUUGCCCACUUCUGAUGUAGAAAAGGAAAUUUACUUAAAACUUACUGGUCCUUCAUGUAAUAAAGAUAAGUGUCCAAUAUAUCACUAUUUUCACACAUUUCAAGAUGUGCAGUAUUAUGUACUGCUUUUUUAUUAUCUUACUCGAAACAGUGAGGAAUUUCGAGAUCACAUAACUUGUAUCAUGAAGGAUUUAAUUGUGUUGAGUGAAAGUGCGUUUAGACAAAGGAGUGAUACAGCAUUUUCCUGUGCUUGUAACAAAGAUUUUUGGUUAAUCAUUCAAGUCUUAAGUGAAAAACUGUUGGGUGAAGAUACCUUCUGGUUAAUAUUUAAUAAAGUUGUUGAGAAUUGUAACAGCGACUUUGUUUUAUGGUUGCUUCAUGAUGUAGCUGACUUACAAGCUGUUGAUCUAAAUGGGAAAUAUGUAGGAGCUGCAAGUGACCGAAUAAGACCAAAUUUUGUUUUACUGGAAAGUGCUUUGAAAAACGUAAUAACUAAUGUAGAAUUUGGAAACUCAAUUCUGCCCACUUUAAAAUCAAUUGAACCACUUGUCUGUAAUUUGUGGUUGAAAUCGUCUAAAAUUGAAGUCUAUCAAAUGUUAUGGGAGUACUAUAGUAAGAGACUUAAUGUGUCUGCAAGAGCAAAUACCAAUUUGCCACUACCGGAAUUAACUGAAUUAAUUGAUACAAUCUUGUGGGCACCAAAAGAUUGCACACACGACUUUGAAUUGUUCUUAGCAAUGUUAUCCUUGCAUUUAAAUGAACAUACCUAUCAUUGGGGAAAAAUGAAAGGAAGGAUUUAUUCACAACUGGGUCCAAACAAACUAAAGGAUCUCAACAGUGGCGGAAUCUUUAAUGUCUUACUGCUGUUUUUAUCGUUAACCAAAGUUAAUUUUGAUGAAUUAUCAAAAAAAUUUCUUUCUUUCAUUGAAAAUUUACCAAUGGAAAAGAAACAAAGUCAACUGAUUUGGCGUUUUUAUACCGCGUUUGUGGUGCGUCACUUAAGAGAAAAUCGCAACAUAGAAACUGUAACAGUACCAUUUAUAAAAAUGUUAGAAGAAUCAUCCACAGAUCAUCGAUUGUUCCACUUGAUCAAAAAUUUUGUACAAGAUUUUGACUGCAUUAUGAAUUCAACUGCUAACCUUCAGCUUCAUCAAUGGCUUCUUCUGAACAGUUGGAUCCACAAGUAUAUGAGUUCAUGCUAUUAUCCAGAUAUGGUCACCCUAUUAAAUGUGUUGUUAAGCAUAAUUGAAAGAAUUACCAAGGAAGAUGUUUGGGGUGAUUGGGAGUUUUGUUUCAAAAAUUAUGUUUACCCAGCAUUAAAAUAUUCACGUAGUACACCAGAAACAUGUGGCACUCUGGCGGCAAAAAUUGCAAUUUUAUCGCCAAAUCUGCAAGCAGAAGCUUUUGUGUUUUUUAAUAGUGAAACUGUCACACCAAAAGUUUCUGCAAAUUUUCUUUGUACUAUUUUAGAAAAUUAUCCCCAUUCACUUAUUAUAACUCCACAGCAAGAGACGAUGGCACUACAAACUUGGGUAAAAUUUUGUUUAUUAACGCGAGAUGGGUAUGAAGAUUUAACAAGGAACAUUAUCAAGUUAGAUAUCAUACCUCAAUUCAUCAAAACUGCAAUUGCACCCGCCAGAGAUCCACUUUGUGCGUUUCUUGAUUGCAUUGGUGGUGAUAUUAAGACACAUGUUCAAUCAUCUAGUCUAAGUAAGUUGUGCGAAAUUUUCUUUGGUCAAGCUGAACGUUGGACAACGCAGUAUUUUAGCCAACCUGACAACGAGGGUAUUGUUUUAAGAAUUUACACUUGUCUAGGUUUAGCUUUUUUCAAAAUUGGACCUUUACUGUAUGACAAACAUAAAUCGAAUUGUCCGUUUGCACGUUUGGUAACUUCUUUGUUACUUCCAACUGAGCUAAUAUUGGGGAAACCUCUCAAUCCAUUCAUUUUACAAAGCAUCAAAAAAACCUGGCAUCUCUUUUUUGAGGCCACUGUCAAACUAAACAGUCCAAAUGAUGCCUUCAUUGAUAGAAUUUUGCGAGAACUGGUUAUUAGAUAUAUACCCCAUUUUGCAACUGUAGAUUCGCCUAUGUUAAAGUGCCUUGAUAAUGAAUUUACUGCAGAGGUUAUUUUAGAUAAACUUGCAAAUGCGUUUUUCAAGCAGGCAACCAAAGAAGCUGAAUCUAAUAUUUUUAAGUCUUUAAAGUUAAUUAAUGAUUUUGUGCAAAGUACAACAUCAAUAGUAUUACUAAAAUUAAUUGUAAAUAAAACGUUGUAUGGUUUAUUAGAGGUGAUAAUGUUUCAUAAUCAACGUAAUAUGGCUGUGUCUAUUGUUAAAAACAUAACAUCAUCACCACUUUAUCCUCAGGUGAAAUCAGAAAUUGAGCAAGUUAUUGUAGGCAUCACUGAGAAGCACCUUGCUUUUAAUACACCAAAUUAUUUUCAAUUGUUGGGGCAUUUAUCCAGAGUAAUUCCCACUAGCUUAAAAAGUUUAAUUCCUCGCAUUAAGCAACAAGUUGUUAACGUGGAAAGAAUGCGAGGAGUAGGAUAUGAUAAAAAUUUACGUUUAAAUAUGGAAAGAUUUGAAGCUACUCUUUUAAAGUUGUCUUAAGUAUAUUUUAUAUUUUUAUAAAUAAGUCUUUUUUGUUCACACCUAUAACCACUGUACCUAUGGUAAGUUUCCCAG